GAUAAUAAAUCUGAAUUAUUUUUGGCUCUCACUCCCACACGCAGACAGGUUAAGAUAGCAUUGAAAACUACACCAUCUCUUCCUCUCUUCUCAUUGUUGCUAAAGCAGAGUAAGUGAUAGAAACAGAGCUUCUAGCUAGUGUUCUUCGUCAAAAUCCCUUUACAACUAACCUUUUCCACUUCACCUUAGUUCAUGUUAUCUCUUCUAAUAUCCGCAUAUUCCUGGUUGCCCAUUUGUUCCAAGCUCUCUUUGUGCUUUUAAGAGCCUCCAUUUCUAGCAGAGAAGCAGUUCACUGUAUUGAAAGCUUGGAGGAAAGGAAAUAGCUUGCUUAGGAGAAUAAGAGUGAUGGGUGGAAGAAAGGUGCAAGUGCAAGGUUUAGAUUCUGGUUAUAAAGAUAAAGAUGUAGUGAUAAGCAGCUCUGGAAUAAAGCUUGAAUGGGAUUCACAUGGUGGCAAUGUUCAUCCAACUGGCUUAUUUGCAAGCGUUGGUCAAGCAGGAUUUGGAAUUGGGAUUUCACCAAAUCCUCCUCUAACUGCUAGAGACAGUGGCGCCAAACUUCCACUUGUGAAUUCUUCCAUGCAAUAUGUUUUAAUGCCUGAAACUGGUUUUCGAGCUGCGGGGAUUCAAGGAUUAUUGAAUGGUGAGGUUGCUGAGGAAGGUCUUGCAUUGAAGGGGAAAAAGAUGAAGGGGUUUAAGUUGAAAUUUAAGAUUGCAAACCCUUCACUAAGAAGGUUGAUGAGUGGAGCAAUUGCUGGUGCUGUGUCAAGAACUGUGGUGGCGCCAUUGGAGACGAUAAGGACUCAUUUGAUGGUGGGGAGCUGUGGCCAUAAUAGUGCUCAGGUGUUUCAAUCUAUCAUGCAAGCUGAUGGAUGGAAGGGCUUGUUCAGAGGCAAUUUUGUAAACAUCAUCCGAGUUGCGCCAAGCAAGGCUAUUGAGUUAUAUGCCUAUGAUACUGUCAACAAGCAAUUAUCUGCAAAACCUGGAGAGCAACCAAAAAUCCCAAUUCCACCUUCAUCAAUUGCAGGUGCGGUUGCUGGAGUUAGCUCUACCUUAUGCACAUAUCCUCUUGAGCUUCUCAAAACUCGCCUCACAGUUCAGAGAGGAGUGUACAAAAACUUUUUAGAUGCAUUUAUGAGAAUUGUUAGAGAGGAAGGUCCUGCAGAACUGUACAGAGGCCUCACCCCUAGUCUAAUUGGUGUGAUCCCUUAUGCUGCCACAAACUAUCUUGCUUAUGACACACUUAGGAAAGGUUACAAGAAAGCUUUCAACAAGGAGGAAGUUGGGAAUGUGAUGACUCUUCUGAUUGGAUCAGCUGCAGGUGCAUUUUCAAGCAGUGCAACAUUUCCACUUGAGGUGGCUAGGAAGCACAUGCAAGCUGGGGCACUGAAUGGAAGACAGUACAGCAACAUGCUUCAUGCACUCAUGAGUAUACUUGAAAAGGAAGGGGUUUCAGGUUUGUAUAGAGGAUUGGGACCAAGCUGCUUGAAGUUAGUUCCUGCUGCUGGAAUCUCUUUCAUGUGUUAUGAAGCUUGCAAGAAGAUACUUGUUGAAAAUGAACAACAUGAAUGACAAGUGUACAUUUUUUGGGUACAACACAUGUAUUUUCCAUUGGAGGCAUCUUUGUUUGAAUCGGAAACAUCCACAUCCGAGUGGGGCUAGCUAUCGGAAUGAGGAGGUUUUCCAUACACUAUACUUGAAAAUGAGACAUUGCUUAAGGGAAAUCAAACAUGUACAACUUAAAUCAACAUGUGAGAAUGAAUAACAAGUGGAUGAAUGCAAAUUAUUUCCAUGGGAUUGCCAAUGUUUAUUUAUAGAACGAGGGAAUGAACUCAGCGCGCCAAUUUUGGUAAUGCAGAUUUAGUUUUUUCCUUAGAUAUUUGGCUAUUUCAACCAGGGUGUUUCUUUCAUGUAACUAUAGACAUGGUGAUUUCAUUCACAACAAUGUAUUUCAUAUGUUGUCUC